AUGAAACGUACUCCUCCACCUACUCCUAACUCAGUUUCCGCACCUAAUAUCAGCACGCUGGAGUCAGAUUUACCUGCGCAACGGUCUCCAUAUGAAAGCGUAAAUAUAACUCAGAAGAGUUUUAAAAGACCGCGCGAUGAAUUUGGCGAACUAAAGGGGUACCUGCUCGACAUCAUAAUAGCAUCGAAACAAGAACAAAAUUAUAAGCUCAACACCUUGAUAAGUUCAGUCACCGAGAUUAAGGAACAAAAUAACGACAUACGGAAUUCAGUGGAAUUCGUAUCUGCAAGAUAUGACGAGAUUGCCACAAGAGAGUACAUAAAACAACUAGAAGCGAAGGUGGAGAAUUUGGAACGACAGUUAAAGUCCUCAUCUAUCGAGCUGCGUAAUAUCCCAAGCCAGAUAAACGAGACAAAGGAAGACUUAAUUAACAUUGUUAAGGCUGCGGGAACAGCGCUGGACCUCCACGUUGAGACCUCAACGAUCAAAGACGUGUACAGGGUUCAUGGAAAAACCAACAAUAAGACAAUAGUUGCCGAGCUCAAUAGUGUUGUGCUGAAGGAGAAUCUCAUUAAGGCUGUUAAAAACCACAACAAAAAAAACCCGGAGAAGAAAUUUUCAACUGCUAAUCUGAAAGUGGAGGGACCAUCAAUUCCAGUGUAUCUCUCGGAGAGUCUGCCUGCAAAAUCAAGGAAACUAUUUUACUUAGCCAGGAAUACAGCAUCGGCGAGUGGUUUUAAAUAUUGCUGGACACAUAACGGCAGGGUCUUCCUUCGUAAAACUGAUGGAUCGCCGCUGAUACGAGUGGAAUGUGAAGAAGAUAUCAAUUCUUUGGCUAUACAAUAA